CUGCAUGCCGCAUAAAGUAUCGAGUGGCCCACACGUUGCUGCAGUCGGCUGACGAAAUUUGUUUGUAUUUGCAUUUAAAACCUCCCGAAAAAUGAAGUUCCUCACCGCCAAGGAGGUACGCGAUGCGUAUCUGGAUUUCUUCAAGGAGCAAAAGCACAUCUAUGUGCAUUCGUCCAGCACGAUUCCCCUGGACGAUCCCACUCUGCUGUUCGCCAACGCCGGCAUGAACCAGUUCAAGCCCAUUUUCCUGGGCACUGCCGAUCCGAAAGGCGAAAUGGCCAAGUGGGUUCGAGUGGCAAACACGCAGAAGUGCAUUCGCGCCGGCGGCAAGCACAACGACUUGGACGAUGUGGGCAAGGACGUGUACCACCACACCUUCUUUGAGAUGUUGGGCAAUUGGUCUUUCGGCGACUACUUCAAGAAGGAGAUUUGCUCCUGGGCCUGGGAAUUCCUUACUGAACGACUUGCAUUGCCAAAGGAUCGCCUGUAUGUGACCUAUUUUGGUGGGGAUGAGGCCAGCGGACUGGAGCCCGACCUUGAGUGCAAACAGUUGUGGCUUGACCUGGGACUUAAGCCGGAGCACAUCCUGCCUGGCAGCAUGAAAGACAACUUCUGGGAAAUGGGCGAAACUGGACCCUGCGGACCCUGUUCUGAGCUGCAUUUCGACCGUAUUGGUGGUCGCAGCGUCCCGGAGCUUGUGAACCAAGACGACCCCGACGUCCUGGAGAUUUGGAACCUCGUGUUCAUUCAGUUCAACCGCGAGUCCGAUGGCAGCCUGAAACCAUUGCCCAAGAAACACAUUGAUUGCGGCAUGGGCUUUGAGCGCUUGGUCUCCGUCAUUCAGAAUAAGCGGUCCAACUACGACACGGAUUUGUUUGUACCUCUCUUCGAAGCUAUCCAGGCUGGCACUGGUGCUCCGGCUUACCAGGGCCGUGUUGGAGCUGAUGAUGUCGAUGGCAUCGAUAUGGCCUACCGUGUUUUGGCGGACCAUGCCCGUACCAUUACCAUUGCUCUUGCUGAUGGUGGCACUCCCGACAACACUGGACGUGGUUACGUCUUGCGUCGAAUCCUCAGACGUGCUGUUCGCUAUGCAACAGAGAAGCUUAAUGCCAAGCCAGGAUUCUUCGCUUCCCUGGUGAAUACCGUUGUUGACCUUUUGGGUGAUGCCUUCCCCGAGGUGAAGAAGGAUCCUCAGCACAUUAUUGACAUCAUCAAUGAGGAGGAGCUGCAGUUCCUCAAGACCCUAACUCGCGGUCGCAACCUACUGAACCGUACAAUUGAGAAACUUGGAUCUCAGACGACCAUUCCUGGAGAUGUCGCGUGGCGAUUGUACGACACCUAUGGCUUCCCUGUCGAUCUUACCCAGCUCAUGGCGGAAGAGAAGUCGCUGCAGAUCGAUAUGGAAGGAUAUGAGGCCGCUAAGCACAAUUCUUAUAUUCUGUCCCAAGGCAAGGGUGCCAGUAAGAUCGAAGAGAUUAACCUGGAUGUGCACGCUAUUUCCCAGCUGCAAGAGCAGGGUGUACCCCCCACAAACGACUCUUUCAAGUACAAGUAUGAAGCCGUUUCUGAUGAACGUGAUUCUGCUUACAACUAUGGCGAGUGCACCAGCAAAAUCGUAGCCCUGCGUUUUGAGAACCAAUUUGUUAACGAGAUCACAAGCGGCCAGAAAGCCGGCAUUGUGCUGGACAAGACCAAUUUCUAUGCCGAAAGCGGUGGUCAAAUCUACGAUCAAGGUGCUCUUGUGAAGGUCAACGACGAGGCAAACGAGUUCUUGGUGGAUCGCGUAUACAACCGUGGUGGCUACAUCCUUCAUAUCGGUGUGGUUGAAGGAACCCUGAAGGUCGGCGAUGAGCUGCAGCUGCACAUCGAUGUGGAACGUCGUUGGCUGACUAUGAAAAAUCACUCUGCCACCCAUGCCCUCAAUCACUGCCUUCUGCAGGUUCUCGGUAAGGACACUGAACAAAAGGGAUCGUUGGUAGUGCCUGAAAAGUUGCGAUUUGACUUUAACAGCAAGGCUGCCAUGACCAUAGAACAGGUGGCCCAAACCGAGAACCUGACCAAGGAGAUGGUUUACAACAACGUUCCCAUAUACGCUAAGGAAUCCAAACUGGCCCUGGCCAAGAAAAUUCGGGGUCUUCGCUCCGUCUUCGACGAGGUGUAUCCCGAUCCCGUCAGGGUGAUUUCUUUUGGAGUCCCAGUGGACGAACUGGAGCAGAAUCCCGAUUCCGAGGCCGGUGAAAAAACCUCUGUGGAGUUCUGCGGCGGCACUCAUCUCAGACGCUCGGGCCACAUCAUGGAUUUCGUCAUCAGCAGUGAGGAGGCCAUCGCCAAAGGAAUCCGUCGCAUUGUGGCUUUGACAGGCCCCGAAGCUUUGAAGGCGCUCAAGAAAGCCGAGGCUUUUGAGCAAGAAAUCGUCAAAUUGAAAGCUACAAUCAAUGCGGACGCUUCAGGCAAGGACUCCAAGAGCCACGUAAAGGAAAUUGUAGAGCUGACCGAACAAAUCUCACACGCCACGAUUCCGUACGUGAAGAAGGACGAGAUGCGCAACCUUCUUAAAGGUCUUAAGAAAACUCUGGACGACAAGGAGCGCGCCUUGCGUGCCGCCGUGUCGGUAACUGUGGUGGAGAAGGCGAAGGAAUUGUGCGAGAAAAACCCGGAUGCCACAGUGCUAGUGAAGGAGCUGGAGGCAUUUAAUAAUACUAAGGCGCUGGACGCCGCUCUUAAGCAAGUGCGCACCCAGCUGCCAGACGCUGCUGCCAUGUUCUUCUCCGUCGACGCCGACUCCAAGAAGAUCUUCUGUCUGAGCUCGGUUCCUAAGAGUGCCGUUGAGAAGGGUCUGAAGGCGAACGAGUGGGUGCAGCACGUCUCCGCCACUUUGGGUGGCAAGGGAGGUGGCAAGCCAGAAUCCGCUCAAGCCUCAGGAACCAACUACGAGAAGGUGGACGAGAUCGUUGAAUUGGCAACUAAAUUCGCCCAGGCGAAAUUGGCUUAAACAGAUAUAGACUUUCGAUCGGCCAUGCCUUUAUUUUACUCACAAUUUUGAUAAAACUCUGCUUAACGGUAAUCGUUGAUCUGUUCCAAACAGCAUUUCAUACGAAUUUUUUGCUUAUUUAUAAAAUAAAAGCAUUUGUAUACAUAUUUA